CUAAUUCCUCUAUACUAACUAACACUCCUCAGAUACUUGUUUUUUACUCUUCUUCAUAGCAUCUUUUAGUUUAAUAAAAUUCAUGGCUACUACCACUAUGGUUUUGCAGUCUUAUUACAUUAAUGUAGUGAUCAUUUUAAUGGUGGCAUUGGCUAGUAGUUUCAAAGGAAUUGAGGCACAACGUGCUUUCUUUGUGUUUGGUGAUUCUCUUGUUGAUAAUGGUAACAACAAUUACUUAGCAACUACAGCUAGAGCUGAUGCUCCACCUUAUGGCAUUGAUUAUCCAACUCGCAGACCAACCGGACGUUUCUCUAACGGCCGCAACAUUCCCGACUUUAUCAGUGAAGCACUCGGGGCAGAACCAACAUUGCCUUAUUUAAGUCCCGAACUUAACGGGGAAAACUUGCUUGUUGGUGCCAAUUUCGCUUCCGCUGGUAUUGGAAUUCUCAAUGAUACCGGAGUCCAAUUUGUAAACAUAAUUAGGAUAUCUAGACAAUUGGAGUACUUUGAGGAAUACCAAGAGAGGGUGAGUGAUAUUAUUGGACCUGAAGAAACUCAGAGCUUAGUGAAUGGAGCAUUAGUACUGAUCACUCUUGGAGGCAAUGAUUUUGUGAAUAACUAUUAUUUGGUGCCUUUUUCUGCAAGAUCACGCCAAUACAAUUUACCAGAUUAUGUCAGAUAUAUAAUAUCUGAGUAUAAGAAGAUUUUGAGGAGGUUAUACGAUCUUGGAGCACGUAGGGUGAUAGUGACAGGAACUGGUCCAAUUGGUUGUGUUCCAGCAGAAUUAGCUCAAAGAAACACAAAUGGAGGAUGCUCAGCUGAGCUACAAAAUGCAGCAUCUUUGUUCAAUCCACAACUUAUUCAGAUUAUCCAAGAACUAAACAAUGAAAUUGGUUCAAAUGUCUUCAUGGGAGCCAACACAAGGCAGUCGGCUCUCGACUUCGUCCAAAAUCCACAAGCAUACGGAUUUGUUACCUCACAGAUAGCAUGUUGCGGUCAAGGACCCUACAAUGGCCUUGGUCUGUGCACACCACUCUCUAAUUUAUGCCCAAAUCGUGAUGUCUAUGCAUUUUGGGAUGCUUUCCAUCCAACAGAAAGGGCUAACAGGAUUAUCGUUCAACAGAUCUUGACAGGCACAACCGAGUAUAUGUAUCCGAUGAAUCUCAGCACUGCUUUAACCUUGGAUUCCAACAACAUAUAGCUAGCUAAAUUUCAUUUUAAUAUUGCUGCAACUUUUUCUUUUUAAUUUGUGAUUUUCAUGUAUAAGUUUGGAUUAGAGAGCCUUAAAUAUUAAUGUCCUAGGGUAUGGAUGAGGAUGAACAGUCUUUAUUCUCCAUCUCUCUUGGCAGUGCAUAAGAAACUGCAUAUAUAAUAAUUAAGUGAUUUUUUGUCUCCAA